UGAUACUAUUCAUUAUAAAAGCAGCACUACACUGGUGAAUUAAAGAUUAAAUUUCAAGUUGAAAAUUUAAAUUUUCAGAAAAGCCAACUUAUAAAGACAAGAAAAGAAUGGAUUUCAAAUUCUUACCAUCACUUUUCCUCCUGAUUGCCCUUUCAUCGGCUCAUCAAAUAAAAUUGUACAACAAUUGUCCCUUCUCCGUGUGGCCAGGAAUUCAGGGAAAUCCCGGACAUCCUCAUCUCGAAGGCGGUGGAUUUCAAUUGAAUCAAUAUCAAGCCCGGACAAUUGGCACGUCAAAUAAUUGGGCAGGCAGAAUUUGGGCCCGGACAAAAUGCGACGGUAAUGGACAUUGUGAGACUGGUGAUUGUGGUAAUAAGAUCCAAUGCAAUGGUGCCGGUGGUGUACCACCGGUCUCUCUCGCUGAGAUGACAUUCACUGGAGCUGGAGGUCUUGAUUUUUAUGACAUUUCCCUCGUUGAUGGUUAUAAUUUACCUGUGAGAAUGGUACCAACUGGUGGUUUCUCAGCAUCUGGAGGUGGAAGAUACGAUUGUAAAGCUGCCGGUUGUCAUGCUGAUCUCAAUGCCAAGUGUCCUAACGAAUUGGCCGUAAAAGCAGGAGACUGGACUGUGGCUUGCAAAAGUGCAUGUGCUGCAUUCAAUACUGAUCAAUAUUGUUGUCGAGGAGCUCAUAAUACACCACAAACUUGUAAGAGUGAACAUUGGCCCACGAAUUAUCCAGCUAUCUUCAAGAGCGCCUGUCCAGAUGCCUACAGUUACGCAUACGAUGAUCAAACAAGUACUUUCACAUGUCGACCAAGUCCAUCUACCAACUAUGACAUCAUCUUCUGCCCCUAAAAAAUAAAACGUUUUUAUCAAAAUUACUGUAUUCAAAAUUUCCAAUUUUCAAUUUUUUUGCAUUCGAAAUCUUGUUUCUCCGUUUGCAAUUA